AUGGAUUCAUCCACGAUUUUAUUCGUAGCGACGAUUUUAAUAGCAUUUGUAUUUUUAAGAUGGUUGAUAUCACCAAUCCCACAAUCAACCGAAUUUAAUUCAAACACAUCAUCAACAAAUAAUCAAGCCAUAAGUUCUGGAUCAUCCACUUCAAGUAGAUCAAAUACAACACAACGUAGACAUAGACGAGAUGUAACUGAUUCGAUGAUUGAGGUAGUACAAACUAUUGCACCAAGCUUAACAGUUGAACAGAUAAGGUAUGAUUUAGAGAAUACUGGGUCUGUUGAAGUUACAGUUAAUAGAUAUAUGGAAUUAGGUGAUUUACCUUUUCCACCAAAUUAUGUUCCACCAUCUGUUAGAGUUGAAACCCCUGAGUCUAGUCAAAGUGAAAAAUCUAAAACUUUAUCAAAUAAAAAUAUAAAUUUAUUUGAAAAAUAUGAUAUUGAUCCUAAUGAAUCAAAUAAAGAUCAAUCUUUACAAAGUAAAAGGAAUGAAAUGAUUAUAAAUGCAAGAAAAAGAUUAGCUGCUCAAUUACUGAAUCAACAGAUUUAA